AGCGCCGCGGAGCCGCCGGACACCGCAGACCCGGCCAUGCGGGCCCCGCUGGUCCUGGCCGCGCUGGGCGGGCUGCUGCUGGCCGCGGCCGCGGGCGACGCGGAGCCGGAGGACAACCUUUUAGUCCUCACGGUGGCCACGCAGGAGACCGAGGGCUUCCGACGCUUCAAGCGCUCAGCCCAGUUCUUCAACUACAAGAUUCAGUCACUGGGCCUGGGGGAGGACUGGCCUGGGAAGGAGCUCUCGGCAGGCGGAGGUCUGAAGGUGCGGCUGCUGAAGAAAGCUCUGGAGAAGCACGCGGACAAGGAGAACCUGGUCAUUCUCUUCACAGACAGCUAUGACGUGGUGUUUGCAUCUGGGCCUCGAGAGCUCCUGAGGAAGUUCCGGCAGGCCAGGAGCCAGGUGGUCUUCUCGGCGGAGGAGCUCAUCUACCCCGACCGCAGGCUGGAGGCCAAGUACCCAGCGGUAUCUGAUGGCAAGCGGUUCCUGGGCUCAGGAGGCUUCAUCGGUUAUGCCCCCAACCUCAGCAAACUGGUGGCCGAGUGGGAGGGCCUGGACAGCGACAGUGACCAGCUCUUUUACACGAAGGUCUUCUUGGACCCCGAGAAGAGGGAUCAAAUCAAUAUCACCCUGGACCACCGCUGUCGUAUCUUCCAGAACCUAGACGGAGCCUUGGAUGAGGUUGUGCUCAAAUUUGAAAAAGGCCACGUAAGAGCCCGGAACCUGGCCUACGACACCCUCCCCGUCCUGAUUCAUGGCAAUGGGCCCACUAAGCUUCAGCUGAACUACCUGGGCAACUACAUCCCGCGCUUCUGGACUUUCGAGACGGGCUGCUCUGUGUGUGACGAGGGCCUGCGUAGUCUCAAGGGCAUCGGGGAAGAAGCGCUGCCCGUCGUCCUGGUCGGCGUUUUUAUUGAACAGCCCACGCCGUUCCUGUCCCUGUUCUUCCAGCGGCUCCUGCGCCUCCACUAUCCCCGAAAGCAGAUGCGGCUUUUCAUUCACAACCACGAACAACACCACAAGGCCCAGGUGGAGGACUUCCUGGCAGAGCACGGUGACCAGUACCGCUCUGUGAAACUGGUGGGCCCUGAGGUGCGGGUGUCGAACGCUGAUGCCAGGAACAUGGGCAUAGACUUGUGCCGACAGGACCGUGGCUGCACCUACUAUUUCGGCGUGGAUGCUGAUGUGGCCUUGACCGAGCCCAAAGCCCUGAGACUGCUGAUCGAGCAGAACAAGAAUGUCAUUGCCCCGCUGAUGACCCGCCACGGGAGGCUGUGGUCGAACUUCUGGGGGGCACUGAGUGCCGAUGGCUACUACGCCCGCUCUGAGGACUAUGUGGACAUUGUGCAGGGGCGGCGCAUUGGUGUCUGGAAUGUGCCCUACAUCUCAAACGUCUAUUUGAUCAAGGGCAGUGCCCUGCGGGCUGAGCUGCAGCAGGUGGACCUGUUCCACCACAGCAAACUGGACCCCGACAUGUCCUUCUGCGCCAACAUUCGGCAGCAGGAUGUGUUCAUGUUCCUGACCAACCGGCAUACCUUUGGCCACCUGCUUUCCCUGGACAACUACCAGACCACCCACCUCCACAACGACCUCUGGGAAGUGUUCAGCAACCCCGAGGACUGGAAGGAGAAGUACAUCCAUGAGAACUACACCAAGGCCCUGGCAGGGAAGCUGGUGGAGAUGCCUUGCCCGGAUGUCUACUGGUUCCCCAUCUUCACAGACACGGCCUGUGACGAGCUGGUGGAGGAGAUGGAACACUACGGCCAGUGGUCUCUGGGGGACAACAAGGACAACCGCAUCCAGGGGGGCUAUGAGAAUGUGCCGACCAUCGACAUCCACAUGAACCAGAUCAGCUUUGAGCGCGAAUGGCACAAGUUCUUGGUGGAGUACAUUGCCCCGAUGACGGAGAAGCUCUACCCCGGCUACUACACCAGGGCCCAGUUUGACCUGGCCUUUGUUGUCCGCUACAAGCCUGACGAACAGCCCUCGCUGAUGCCACAUCACGAUGCCUCCACCUUCACCAUCAACAUCGCCCUGAACCGAGUUGGGGUGGAUUACGAGGGUGGGGGCUGUCGGUUCCUGCGCUACAACUGCUCCAUACGUGCCCCACGAAAGGGAUGGACCCUCAUGCAUCCCGGACGACUCACGCACUACCACGAGGGGCUCCCCACCACCAAGGGCACCCGCUACAUCGCCGUCUCCUUCGUCGAUCCCUAAUUGGCCAGGCCCAGCCACCUCGGACCUUUCCUCUCUGCCAACAACCACUGCCCAGCAGCCUCUGGGGUUCAGGGUCCUAGGGAACCCCGUGCAGCUGUCUCCAGGCUCUUGACCUCUCACUGCUCUUAGAGUCGCUGUCGCCCUGGAGAGUCCACACCCAGCCGGCCGCAAGCCAGAGACCGGCCCACCUCCUCAACUGGGGCCUUCCUGGUGCUCUGGACAAGCCCAGGACACAGUGUUCACUUUCACUGCUUUGUAGCAGCUCGUCUUCUCACCCAGUUUGCUGGGGACCCAGCCACCCUCCUUCACGUCUUGUCUGGGCUGAGGCUUGAACAGAGCAGGGUUUCUGCAACAGGAACCCCAGAGAGACCCCAGAGGCGAGCAGCCUCCUCCCGAGCAUCCCCAGGCAGAGCUGCAGCCCCAUGGCCUGCUGCUGCAAGGUCAGGGUGGACACAGAACUGGGUCAGACUCAAGUCCCCUCCCUGGUCCUGGGAAUGGUGAAGGCCCUUCUCCGUGGCUUCUGUUGUGGGAGCAGAACGUCCCCCUGGAGACAGUGACUCAGAAAACCUCCUGGAGACAGGAACAGCAUCACUGCCACAGUUGCAUCCUCUACUUGACCCUUUCUGGGGGGAGGGGACUGACAUGUCCACACACUGUGCUGUGUCACCCUGUCCCGGAUGCCGCCGGAGAGAGGGACAGUCAGAAACAGGGAAGUUUCUAUUAAAGGUUGUUGAAACCACCGAGUGGGAGGUGGCCUGGGUGGGGCCGUCUCUGCAGCGAGAGUUGUAAGAUCCCGUGAUGGGCAAACGAGGCUGUUUCAGCAGAUUUGGUGACUCGGGGUGUCUUAGCCCAGUCACAGGUGGUCUCCAUGGCACUUACAUGUCUUGUACGUCCUCACCGUGAGCCAGCACCUGGCUGCCUGGGCCAAGCUGCUUCAUGUCAAUACCUGCACCAGGUGUCACCUUCUCUCCGAAACCUUUGCAGACUGUCCUUCCUGCAGAUAUGAACUUGGGAGAUCAGGCAACUUCUGGUGGCUCCUGCGGUGCCCUGGAAAGACUCUGGGUAUUUGUUAUUAGCAAGAGCUAACAUGGGCCCCUCCCUUGCUGUAGGCUGGCUGUGGUGCAUGACAAGGGAUGCAAUGCUCUGGGGGAGGGGUGGUUCUUCCCUUUUAGAGCUGAGGAGACAGGCUGAGAGGCCAAGUACUUUGUCUACACACAGCAAGUGAGCUGUAGGGGUAGGGAAUAGCUCAACCAAAAACCUGGUCUCUGUCCCUAGGGCGCCCUGUAGUCAACAGUAGGGAUAGAAAGAACCGCACGCAGCUCACAUGGCCCAGUGUGACAAAUGCCACACACAGUGGCUGUAAGGACCAUCCUGGAAAUGAAGGGACUGCUGGCUUGUGCUACUCAGUGGAGGGGGAUUGUGAC